GCGUGCAGAUUUUUAAUGUUGUUUGAAAAGAUAGGGUUUCAAAAUAACAGGAGCAUCAUGUUAGAAAAGUGGAGUCUUUUCACCACGAAAUUUGGAAAAAUGAUGUGGUUCUUGAUAGCAAAACCUUUCGUCUUGUUUGCGUCGAAAUUGAAAUAUUUUCUUAACUCAUAAGCAUGUCCUUGAGUUAUUUUUAUUGCGAUUGUCUGCCAUGGCAGAAUAUUAACAUAUUGAAUAUUUGUUGUCGUGCUUUUCGCCUGGUCAUUCUUCGUGAUUUUCCUGCUUCCCGCCCCAUUUCUUGCGGUUUUUCUUCUCGUUCUAAUUUUGUUUUACGCUUGUAGUUGACUAAAAAGUCAUUAAAAUUUUAAUUUCAGGCCUUUUUUUUCUGCGUUUGAAAUUCGCGAAAUUUAAUUAGCGGCAACUUUUUUUUUCGGUGAUGACGGGUAGAGGUUUGCCAUUUGUUAUGUGGCAUAAUUGCACUGGAUGGUAAACUUGUUUCAGCCGGCCCAGUUGUUACGUAGAAGAGCGCACAGUUUUGUUAAAAUCUACGGAAUCUUUUCCCGUGUUGUUAAAAAUUAUUGCAAUUUCCCUGGAUCAUUCACGGCCAUUUACAUGACGCAUCGCAACUCAUUUCCGGCGCGAAACGGUAUCGUCAAGGCAAGGAUAGUUUUAAUUUUGCGCUGAAAACAAAUUGCAGUCGCUUUGAAAAGAAAAAGGCAGGAAAUCAGGAAAUAAGAGAAGUAUUGCGUGGCUCGUAUCUUGCAAAAUAGAUUAGUUUAUUAAUGUCAUGAAUCUCUUCGGGGAUUCUGUUGAAUAGUAUCGCGCCCCAAUCAAAAGCUAAUUUGCGUUUUCAAGUCUGUAGCAACAACAAUACCAUAAAUGUUUGGUGAGACAAGUUUUGUGAUAAAACGUGUACCGCGGAGUUUUAUCUGCGCAUUUUUAUGAUGUGAUCUUAAUUUUCCUCACGACCUCAAAUAGAAUCUAGCACGUUUCUAAGAAAGGGCAAAUAAACCAACUAACAACUUCCUACGCAAUCGGAACUCGUCGAGAUACCAGAACUGAGUAAGAGGCCAAGUUUUGCCACUAGCAGACUUCACACAUUUGCAUCUCGUGAUUGUUUUGUUGCUGUUUGACCUUUCGUAUUAGUUAAUGAAACGAAUGUACGCUUUAAGUUGUCCAUUUCUCACUUAAAAAUAAAGCCCUGCACAAUUCUUUGGAGAUAACACGACUUCAGCAGGAAUUAUGCGUGCAAAAUGUUGCUCUGUGAACAGAUGUUGCACAAUGUUCACCCGCGACGACGGAAAAACGAGUUUUCAUAUCUAUCGCUUUUCUUUCUAUUGUAAUUCGCGUCGAGUAAUAAACGAGUCGCUCACAGCGGCAAAAUGGCCGCGAAGUUCUUCACUGACUUUCAAGGAGAUUUCCGUUAGGGUAAAAUCCAAAUUAUCUAGUUGAAUUGUUUUUGAGAAGGCCGCCGUAUAACGCGGGUUUCGUUUGAAUGAUGGGUUAUUUUUUGGAGUUUAAACACAAGUUAGGCCUUGAGGUGGCAGAUUGUCAGGUCCAUGUCUUAUUAUAAUAAUGGAAAGAAGCGAAUUUAAAUAUCAAUAGCCGGUGAAGCCUUUCUUGCUUGUAGCAGGUGUGUUCUCGACUGAUUAAUAUGCGUACUUCGCCACGGUACUUUUUGUUAUGAGAAGUCGAGGCCAUGGACCAUAAUUUCUGAACGAGCUGGUUACCGCUAGCGACGUCCGUUUAAAAGGGGGAGGAAAUAGAAAAAAAAACUGUCGCUUUGACAUCAUUGGCUGUAGGCUGAUGAGUUUGUUUGGUAGUGAGUCAUCAGAAGUAACGAUCACCUUGUCAAUUUAUGCGCUCGUUUAUUUGGGUCUGUACGAUGUGGGAUUGUGAGAAGCCACACUAGCUGAGGCAACAUUAUGCCGUUUGUUAACAUCGGUUAUUGAGACCGCUUGUGUUCCGCGAAGGUUUCGUUCGCCCGCUCAAAGUUCUUCGCCGUUCACCAUUUUGAAAUGCGGACAGGCAGUCUUGAGGUAAUAUCUGGUGCUUUCUACAGGGAUGGAUAAGGAUAAAGAUGCAGCAACAGCAGCAAAGAAGACAGGCGACUCGUCCCUGGAAAUGCCAAACCCGGCAGAUAAUGAAAGAUUGUCCUAUUUGUCCCAAAAGGCGCGCUCCAUGUCUUUGUAUGGAAGUCAAUUUCUUCAAGAAGCGAGAAGUCCCACACAUGCCUUGUUUUGCUUGUCAGAGACAAACCCGAUCCGUGAACUAUCGAAAUCCAUCGUGGUGUCGAAAGUGUUUGAAUAUUUUAUUUUGCUUGCUAUCGGAGCCAACUGUAUCGUGCUGGCCUUAAACACUCCACUUCCUAAUAACGAUCGUACAGACAUGGCCCAGCAACUGGAAGACGCAGAAUAUUAUUUUGUGGGGAUAUUCUGUGUCGAGGCGCUGCUUAAGAUAAUGGCCUUUGGCUUCGUGCUUCACCCGGGUUCCUAUCUUAGAAAUGGCUGGAAUAUUUUGGACUUCGUCGUUGUUGUGGUUGGUAUCAUAAGUAUUCCAGAAGUCAAUAAAAGACUAAAUCUCAGGUUGGAUGUGAAAGCGUUAAGAGCAGUGCGAGUGUUACGACCUCUUAAACUCAUUUCCGGUGUUCCAAGUCUUCAAGUUGUGAUGAAAUCUAUAGUUCGAGCCAUGGUGCCUCUUCUCCAAAUCUUGCUUCUGGUCUUGUUUUGUAUUCUCAUUUAUGCAAUUAUAGGUUUAGAAUUUCUCAAAGAUAAAUUUCACACGACCUGCUUUGACAUUGAAACGGGUGCCAGACAGACGAAUGAUAAGCCAUGUGACGCAGGGCCCUUUCCUGGAGUUAGGAAGAUUUUUCGUGGUCGAGAUUGUCUGUCUGGUUAUAAUUGUACCGAAUAUUGGAUAGGCCCAAACGAUGGUAUCACGACAUUUGAUAAUAUUGCGCUUGCAAUGUUAACAGUCUUCCAGUGUAUUACAAUGGAGGGAUGGACGUCGAUAAUGUACAAGACAUUUGAUGCAAUGGAUGAAGAUGGCUAUCUGUAUGCCUGUUAUUAUGUUUCACUUAUCGUAAUUGGUUCUUUUUUCGUCCUUAACCUUGUUCUUGGAGUUUUGAGUGGCGAGUUUGCAAAGGAGAGAGAACGUGUGGACACUCGGCGUAAGUUCUUUAAAGUUCGUAGACAGCAGCAGCUGAACCGUCAGGUGGACGCCUACAUGUCGUGGAUAGCCAAGGCUGCGGAAUCGGCAGCGGAUGAAAACUACAGCAGAUCUAAACAUCUCAGCUUGAACGACUCACAAUCACAACUCGUUACCAAUGACAUGGUCAGUAAUCCUGGAAGAGUAGUUGCGAGAAGAGAGGGAAACUGUUACCGAGUCAAUAUGCCCGAGAGAGUCGGCGUGCUCCAGCGGUUUAUACAGUGGCAGCAUAGAUUUUCGAUAAAGGUGGGUCGCAUGGUCAAGACACAAGCAUUUUAUUGGACGGUACUGGUUUGUGUGUUCUUGAACACCAUUGUGCUGGCUGUGGAGUAUUACAAUCAACCCAAGUGGCUUACUGAGUUUCAGAAAUACGCGGAAAUUGUGUUUUUAACGUUCUUCUUCGUGGAGAUGGUUCUUAAAAUCUAUGGUCUUGGAUUUCAUGUGUACUUCAGUUCAAGUUUUAAUUGUUUUGAUUGCGCUGUUGUAUGUUCUGGAUUUUUGGACCUUAUACUUGAUACAGUUGAAGGUAUUAAACUUGGCAUUAGUGUACUCAGAUGUCUUCGUCUUCUUAGAGUCUUCAAAGUCACGAGACACUGGCGGUCGCUAAGGAACCUCGCUACUUCUCUCGUGAGUAGCAUCAAGUCGAUCGUGAGCCUGAUUUUCCUGUUAUUCUUGUUUAUCCUGAUUGCUGCUCUCCUUGGCAUGCAGAUCUUUGGUGGCAAGUUUACCAAACAACCACAAACCAACUUUGAUAAUUUCCAAAACGCCAUGUUAGCUGUCUUUCAGAUACUUACAGGGGAAGACUGGAAUUCUGUCAUGUACAGUGGCGUGAUGGCACUUGGCGGACCACACAACCCAGGAGGAAUCUUAGCAAGCUUGUAUUUUGUACUUCUCGUUAUCUUAGGAAACUACACGCUGCUUAAUGUGUUCUUAGCCAUCGCUGUCGACAACUUAGCAAACGCGCAGAUCUUAACAGAGGACGAGGAGAACGAAAAACAGGAGAGAGAACUAAAUCGUGCUCGUAACAAACAGAGGUACACUCACAAAGGCAAGGGCUGGGGGAAAGCUGGCGCCAAACUUCCUGUGGUAAUGGCUAUCAAUCACUUUGUCCGCAAGAGGAAUGGGAACGCGCAACCUUCAGCUGAGGAUCCGCCCACUACUGCUUGUCCAGCCCCUCAGAAUAGCACGACCUUGGAGAAUGGGGAAACUGGUGUGCCAAUGUCAUCGUCUCUGAGAAGAAAGAUCAAGUCAUACAUUCGAGAAGCAAGUAUGUACGAGAAGGCAGAGGACAGAAACGGCACGGACGUAGCAGAAUCCGGGGAGCCCUCAGGGACACGAAGUGAAGGAGGCGACAGAACACGACGGAUUAGAAGGAUGAGGAGAGGGAGGAAUGAAGUUAAUGGAGACACGGAAAGGGAAGAGGAUGAUGAAGAUGAAGAUGAUCAGCCAGUAAGUCGCAGAAAUUUCAUGAAGAUCCUGAAGACUGGUGGCCGGUUUGGUAAACGUCGGCGGCCUUCUCGAAAAAAGAAACCCAUCAUUAAAACCAAAACGUUGUUCAUAUUUGGCCCAGAGAACAGAUUUCGACGGCUGUGCCACCGGAUUGUGAAUUUACGACAUUUUGACAACUUUAUGCUUGUUAUCAUCAUGCUGAGCAGCAUCUCCAUCGCCAUUGAAGAUCCGGUGAACGAUAAUUCCAAACGGAACGAGGUGCUGAUGUACUUCGACUACGUUUUCACGGCAAUAUUUGCCUUAGAAGUAAUAAUAAAGAUUGUAGAUGUCGGUGUCAUUUUUCAUAAAGGCGCUUACUUCCGUGAUUGGUGGAACGUCAUUGAUGCUCUGGUAGUGUCUUUCAACAUGGCGUCUCUCAUUUUAGUGCAAACGGACACUUCUGGAGAUGGCCGUUCUGUGAUUAAAGCCCUCCGAGUGUUCCGUGUCUUAAGACCGUUUAAAGGAGUGCACAAAAUUAAGAAGUUACAGGCUGUAUUUCGUUGCAUGUGGUACUCGGUAAAGAACGUUGCCAAUAUCUUGAUGAUUACGGCGUUAUUUUUGUUCAUCUUUGCUGUUAUGGGCGUACAACUUUUCAAAGGGAAGUUUCAGAACUGUAAUGACGAGUCCAAGCUGUGGAAGGAAGAAUGCCAAGGGCAGUAUUUCAUUUUCGAUUACGAUGAAUUCACUCAACGGGAGGAAGUUUCCAAGGUGAAAGACCGAGAGUGGGAAACAAAAGCUCUCAACUUUGACAACGUGUUUAAAGCGAUGUUGACUCUGUACACCUCGUCAACUGGUGAAGGUUGGCCCAGUGCUAUGCAGGCCACCAUGGCCACAACAGAAGUAGACAAAGGCCCGAUCCCGAACUACAGCCCCGGUUACGCUCUUUAUUACAUUAGCUUUGUUGUGGUGUUCUCUUUCUUCUUUCUCAACAUCUUUGUAGCGUUGAUCAUCCUCACCUUCCAACAGGAGGGUGAGAGAGAAAUUGCCAGUUGUGAGCUGGACAGGAACCAGCGUGAUUGCAUUCAGUUUGCACUGACUGCUAAGCCUGCGCAGCGGUACAUGCCAGCUGACCACAAGAGUUUGCAGUACAAGAUCUGGGUCCUGGUGAUGUCAAAGCCUUUUGACACAUUCAUUUUGGUGUUGAUAGCUCUCAAUACGGGCGUUCUUAUGUCCCAGCAUUACAAGCAAGGCGAGCAAUUUACAGACAUUCUUAUGUAUCUGAACAUUGCCUUCACUAUUCUCUAUAUUGUAGAAGCUGGACUUAAGUUUAUCGCUCUAAGACUGAAUUAUUUUCGAGACUAUUGGAACAUUUUUGACUUCAUCGUUGUUUUGGGAGGAUUGCUUGAUGUUGUCGUGACUGUGGUGGAUAGAUUUUUCAAAACGGGGGGAGAUAACACGCUCGGCAUUGGAAUUGAUCCCAGCAUGUUUCGUUUAUUUCGUGCGGCAAGACUUAUCAAACUUCUUCGACGAGGCUACACAAUCAGAAUACUCUUGUGGACAUUUCUUCAAUCUUUUAAGGCUCUUCCUUACGUCACGCUUCUGAUUAUGUUGAUGUUCUUCAUGUAUGCCGUCAUAGGGAUGCAGCUUUUUGGGAAAAUCGAGCUAGACGAAGAUGGGGAAAUCAACGCUAAUAAUCACUUUCGAAACCUUCUUGAGGCUUUGCAAGUUCUGUUCAGAUCGGCGACCGGGGAAGACUGGCAUAAAAUCAUGCGGGCGUGUUAUGAUGAUGCUAAGUGUGAUCCUCAAGUGGACACGGAAAAAUAUGGCUCAACUUGUGGCACUACAGUCGGCGCCAUUUUAUACUUCUGCUCUUUUAUAUUUCUCUGUAUGUUCUUGAUGUUAAAUCUGUUUGUAGCUGUUAUCAUGGAUAACUUCGAAUACCUUACUCGUGACGAGUCCAUCCUUGGUCCGCAUCACUUAGACGAGUUUGUCCGCGUGUGGUCUGAGUUCGACCCCGCCGCCACCGGAUGUAUUCACCACAGCGAAAUCUACAAGGUGAUGUGUAGCAUGUCUCCUCCUGUUGGCUUUGGUAAAAAAUGCCCAAAGAUCGUUGGUUAUAAGCGCCUGAUCAAGAUGAACAUGCCGCUGAACGAGGAUAACACGGUGUCAUUCAGUACCACCCUCUUCGCUCUCAUUCGAACGUCACUGAACAUCAAGCUACGCGGAAACAUGAAUGCAAAUGAUACUGAAUUAAGGAGAAUGAUCAAACGAGUUUGGCCUAAAACAUCACAAAAAGUGCUCAAUAGUUUAAUACCUAAACAGUUAGAGCUAAGCUGUCAACAGAUGACUAUAGGAAAGAUUCAUUGUGCAAAGCUUAUACACGAGAACUACAAAUACCUUAAAAGAAAAGGCACUCAACCAGAAAGGGUUGAAAGGGAAGAAGAAAGAAGAGCUGCAAAUUCUAAGAGAGGUCUUUUCUCUAAGUUGGUGGGAUCUCUUCGACGCAAUAGGAGACCGAAUACAGGAAGAGAAAACAUAGAACUCGGGAAUAUGGAGAGACGAAGAAACAGAGCUUACACCAGUGACGCUAGACUUAAUGUGGCACGACGUCUUCCCAGACAAGCUAGCAUGGACCUCAAACGGCAUAGCAGUUGGGGCCCAAGCCCGAAGUUGAAUGGCGACGUUAACAGAAAUGGAAUGCAGCCUCACCCAGACUCCUCUCGUGCUGUGAUGGAAGCUUCGGUACCCUGCAGUGUAGCCACACCAAAUGUUGCGGAGCAGUUCAAAGAUCAGGCCGUUUUACCCGCCGCUUACCUAACACCAACCACUAGAAGGAGCGACAAAGUUCUUGUCGAGGGAGCUUCUUUAGAUCUGGACAGUUCAAGCGACAGUGAUACAGGAGUGGAAAUGGAUAAAGACCGGCCUCAAGUGAAGCAGGAUCCAUAUUUCGAUGAUAUGAUAACGCGUAUCAACGUUCAGCUAGAGGAAGCUGUGGCUCGCGGCACAAGCCCUUACGCUAUAUAUGGGCUGGAAGACGACGAUGCAGAUGACUGGUGCUGAGAGAGAUUGUUUCCUCUUGUGAAACUGAAUGUGCAUAUGGCCGCUCGCAGUGCUGGCAGCUGACUCAGAUCAAUCUACCAUUCCCCAAUGUUCGAGUAUUAGUGAAACGAACUCCAAAUACACACAACGUUUCUUGUGCAAGCCGCAUGAACGCUCGCUCGAUGUUGAGAUUUUUCAAGCCCUCUUUUUUAAAUGGUCAAUCGUGAUGUAAUCACUUCGACGGUCUUCAGACCUAGAAAAACACACUCAAGAAAAUAACUAACGUCCGUGCAUUAAGUCUCCUUGGUUUUGAGACUGACAUUGUUGAAGGCGACAAAACUGAGGGGAGUCUUUGGGAUAAACAUUGUUAUUCUUUCCUACGGCUAUGGAAUGGGACGCAAAUCAAUUAUUGACUAAGAACUGGUUGGAUCCAAAGAUUACAAUUAAGCUUUGUGUAGCCUCACUCUUGUGAGAGGCCACGCGUACAGUGGAGCCUCGAUUUAACGAACCUCUAUUUAACGAAGUCCUCGAUAUAACGAACGAUAUUCUAUGUCCCGGCCAAA